AUGGACAAUUUCGAUAUGAACAAUUCCGAGGCUACUGACCUUGAACGUCUGCUAAUGGAACAUAAGGCCCUAGGAGAAACCUUUGCUCUGAGCCCGUCGAGCGUUGCUUCUUUGAGUGGUAGGCACGGUGACUCUUUGGCUUUACAAUCAGCCGUCGGACGCAUUAUUGAAGAACUCAAAGAUUUCUUGCAUGUAAUCUCGCCAACCGGUAAAUUAAUGUAUUGUUCGCCUUCGUCAACCGAACUAGUCGGUUAUUCACCGGAAGAACUAGUAAAUCGCAACAUUGCCGACUUUAUUCAUGUUGACGACAUUGAUACGUUCUUGCGCGACUUUAACAUGGGUAUACAACAAAAGAGCAGUUUUACGGUUCAUUAUAGGUUCCGCAAAAAGGAUGAUAAAUUUAUUAUUCUCGAAGUUAAUGCGCGUCCAUUGUUUAGUGAAGGACCCACUGGUACUAGCACUUGCAAAUGCUUCUUUGCUAUAGGGAGAUCCUACCCCUCAAAGACUACAGCAAUGCUUGAUUCCUUUCUCGAACUUAAAAUAGAGAAUGAGAAUCUCAAGCGACAGCUCCGCGAGCUUAUGGGUCCUCCAGAAGUUCCAGCAGACCUCCAGAACGAAGGAGUUUCGAGUGACACAAAAAGCGUGCUGGAUAUAAUAAACAGUGCUAGUGGUAAUCCAUUAGAAAUGCUGACUGGUUUACAGGAGGGUGAGCGCGCUAUAGGCAUUUCACGGGGAUCAGCCAGUCCUAAUUUGAUUAAUGAAACUUUAAUGGAUCUAGAUGCAGCAUCUGGUUUGAUUACGGCUAAUAGAGAGGAGAAUUUAUUAUCUAGUAUGGAUGGUAGACUGGCUGGUGCUAUUUUGGGGAGUUCGGAUCAGCAGAGUGUGUCGCCAUCGAGAUCGAGGAGAAAAAAAAAGCCAAAGGUUGAAGAAGAGGAAUAUGUGUGUACCGACUGUGGCACUGUCGAAUCGCCGGAAUGGCGAAAAGGACCACAGGGACCAAAGACGUUAUGCAAUGCAUGUGGUCUUCGUUGGGCCAAGAAGACCAAACGGCAAGCAAGUACGAAUACCACUAGUGGUUCGCUUGGAAGUGAUGUUUGA